UGGAGAAGGUUGUUUACAUGAGUGAGGAAUGACAGUGUUGAAGUGUGUGUUCUCAGGGCUGAUACUAAACCUUACUUACACUUUUAUACACUAAUACCCAGUAUAUAUCUUGCCCUGGGAGCAAGACACACCUGUGAUCAAGUUGCUGAGAGAGAGAGGAAGGUCAUAUAAGAGGAAUUACCAUUGGUUGUCGAGUCUUGGAAUGAGAGGAAGGGUAACUGGGAGUGCUGACGUUUUGUUAACUUGUUUAUUGAGAAUAGACAAAUGUGAUGGGUGAUGUCGGGGAAGAUGAGCUUGAGGUUAUACGAGGCAUUCUUGUGGAAGUACAGCUUGCUCAGUUUUUUACACGAAUUCGUGAUGAUCUUCAGGUUACGAGGCUCAAUCAUUUUGACUAUGUUCGAGGUGAGGACUUGGAGCGCAUUGGUCUUGGGAAGCCUGCUGCGAGGCGUUUGUUGGAAACUGUCAAGAAGAAAAGAUCAACAACAUGGAGAAAAAACCUAGUAUCCAAACUCUUGUCAACGGGUAGUUCUACUUUGACUAAAAAUAAAUCAUUCCCUGUAACUGAUGAAUCACAAAUGUCAGGUCUGACAUGCCUAAUUCAGGAAAAGGAUCUUGCUCAAGGUCGCAAAAUAGGUGAUGGAAGUUUUGGUGUUGUCCGUAGUGGUGAAUGGACAACUUCUAGUGGCAAGAUGAAGGUGGUAGCUGUAAAAAUAUUGAAACAAGAUGUAAUCAACGUGCCUGGAGCUCUUGAUGACUUUAUCCGUGAGGUACAAGCCAUGCACCAGCUCUCUCAUCCCAAUUUAAUAAAAUUGUUUGGGAUUGUUCUUAGCAAUCCCUUGAUGAUGGUAACUGAACUAGCUCCCCUUGGGUCUUUGUUGGAUCAUCUUCGUAAACAACUCUCUCGUGUAUCCAUUACAUCUUUAUGUGAUUAUUCAGUACAAAUAGCUAAUGGGAUGAAGUAUUUAGAAAGUCGACGAUUCAUUCAUCGUGAUCUCGCUGCCAGAAAUGUGCUCAUGGCAUCUGUAGAUAAGCUAAAGAUUGGUGAUUUUGGUCUUAUGCGGGCAUUACCCCAACAAGAGGACUGCUAUGUGAUGACAGAGCAGAAGAAGGUACCGUUUCCUUGGUGUGCCCCAGAAUCUCUCAAGUCUAAGCAGUUUUCACAUGCUUCAGAUGUGUGGAUGUAUGGAGUGACUUUGUGGGAAACAUUUACGUUUGGAGAAGAUCCGUGGGUUGGGCUAAAUGGCCAGCAAAUUUUGAAGAAAAUUGAUCAGGAAGGGGAGCGACUUCCCUGCCCACCAGCCUGUCUCAGGAAUAUGUAUGACCUGCUUCUGCAGUGCUGGUCUCAUGAUCCUAGUGAACGACCAACUUUCUCCCAGAUAUACGAGCGUGUGGCAGCAAUCAUGCCUCAUGUUAUGAAAGCUAUGCAGCCAUGGGAUGAAGAAGGGAGAUUGAAGGUGGAAGUGGGUGAUCUUAUAGUAAUAAUUGAUGGCAGCUCUGAAAAUUACUGGUGGAGGGGCCAGAACCAGAGAACCUUUGAAGUGGGAGACUUCCCACGUUGCAUUGCUGAUCCUCAGAGACGUUUAGAAAACCAAGACAUAAGCACACCUCUCCGCAACUCUUUCAUUCAUACAGGUCAUGGAGGAAUAAGAGGAAAAACCUGGGGCAGUCCAGCUUUUAUUGAUGAUAUGUAUCUCAGGAACCCAAUGGAGCCUCCAGAUAAACUGGGAAAACCCAUGUCACCUCGAAGAGUCAAGUAUCAGUCAUUGCGAUUCAAGCAAGGCUAUCGGCGGCAAUUUAAUUACAGCCGUUUAGUAAAUGAGAAGUGGCCAGAUGAUUUACCUAGAGCCCAGACACUAAAGCCUCAGAAAAAUACUUCUCAUGGAAGAGAUGAACUCUUGAUAGAUCUGUCAGAGGGAGGACGACAGAGAUCUCACUCUGCUACAGAUCUACGAGCUAGUGGCUCAUCAGAUGUCACAAGUCAAUUAAGGGGCAGUGUCUCCUCUCUCAUUGACCUACCAUUACCAACCACCUCUCCAGUGUAUGGAAACAUCAACCCUGUAAGUGGUAACCAGGAUAUGCCCACCUAUGAAAAUGUAAGCAGUGCCUCAGUUGCUGUUACCACUGGAGCUGUCCAACAGCCUCUUAGAGUACCGGUCCGUCCCUGCCCAAGCCCACCCAUUCACCAGUUACAAAAAAAGCAACAAAAUAAACCUCUAAUUCAUAACCAGCAAAAUAUUUCCCUGGAGAGCAGUCUCCAAAAUUGUGAUACUCAUCAGAAAAAUGUACAGCAGAAUCUGGAUUGUGAGUUUCCAGAAAAUUAUCAGCAUCAUCGGCAAGCCCCACCUGUACCUACAAUCUAUUCUAAUUCUUUUGGUGAUACUGAUGAAUUUUGUGAUGAUUUUGAUGAUGACUCUGAGUGGGAUGAUGAUACAGAGAGUGAGGAAUGCACAUACUCAGCAAAGAACAAUAUGACAAUUGGAUCCCAUGAUCAGUAUGUUGGUAGUGUUAAUGAUAAAAGUAGUGAAAUUAAAAACAAAGCUGUUAAUGAAAUGCAUGAAGCAUCUGAUCCAUUUGACACAUCAUACAUCAGGUGUUAUGAUGAGCCACCAUAUGAAUCCCCAGAUAAUAUCUGCACCACUAACACAGCUUCUUCCCAAAGUGUAAUACGUGGGUCAUCAGCUGUCAUUCCUACACCGAACAUGUCUGCCAAUACUUCAUUAUCCAGUAGUCAGUUAAACUCGCAAACAAACACUUCAUCACCAUUAGAUAAUUCAGUCUCAUUAAGCCAAUCCUCAACCAUUAAUAGUUCACUUACUGCUACCUCAAAACCUUCAUUGCCUAUAUCAGUCUGUCCAAGCUCAGAAUCGAUGGGUGUUUCAACUACAGUGGGAAUGUCUCACAACUCUCAAAUAGUAAAAUCACUUCAUAAUUCUUUCCACAUUAGUUCACCAUCCCAAUCAAAUAGCAUGGCAAUUUCAACACAGGUCUUUCCACUGAUAAGUAAUAAUCUUAACUCUCCAGAUUCCCACUUGGUGCAGAGUAUUCAAGACAGUAAUUGUAUGAGAGACUUGAAUACACAAAUAAGUAACAUGUGGAUCAGCUCCAUUUCUCAGUCAUCGAGUUCAAACUUAUUACCCAUCUCUACAACACAAGCCAGAUUAACACCACAUACUGAACAAAGUCACAUUUCCACUUCACUGUCAUCAUCACCCCCUUCUCUGUAUACUAAUAAACAAAUUGUGCAAAAGAGCCAGAGUAGACAAGAGGAAUUUCCUCAGUCUGCUAUUUCAAGAAAUUCUUUGUUACACCCUACCCAGAUAUCCACAGUAUCUUCACAGUCAGUUCAUCAUACUCAACUUGCUUUACCAGCACCACUAACUCCAACUAAAGCCACAUUACCAAGAUUAGAUCCUGCUUUCAUUGCAGAAUUUGAAAAAUCGCUCGGAAAAGACCAGGCCUCGGCAAACACCUUUACUGGCAAAGAAAAAGAAGUAAGCAAUUCUUUAAGAAAUUCUGCUACUUCAAGUUUUGCUGCAUCUAGCCAAAUUGAUAGACAACAUUUAAUGCAGAGUAUUCAAGCACCAUCUCCGUCACCUCCACAACAUACACAUGGAUCUAGAAACACACACUUAGCAGUUGCAGCCGCACCAAUGAAUACAUGCCAGAAUAAAGUUGAACGUGAUAGAAGAGUUCAUCAGCUAGAACCAGUUAUCAGCAACAGUGCCUUCUCAGAUUUAGAUGUUCUUACCUCUUCAAAAACCCUAGGUUUGCUACCAAAACAGAUAGUAGACACUGGACAGUUCUUUCCAAAAACUGCUCAUGUUCGUCCAUUCAUUCAGUACCCUCCAACUUCAACAGCCAGCCUUGGAGGCAUCUCUAGUGUCAACCUAGGAAACCAGCCUCAAAUUCUGGGCACUACAGGGAGCCUCAUUCAACAUAACCAUAUGUUUUCUACUGAAUCAGUGUGUACGUUAGCCCCCAUGAAACCUCCGAGUGAGGUCAGAAAUACUAGUGAUGAAAGAUGGCCGAACCAGUCAGCAAAUAUGAGAACAACACCAGCAGUCUCCAGUUUGAGCAGUGUAUCUCCCAAUUUCCAGAUGAGCUAUAGCUGGCAACAGCCUCAGCAGCAAGUGCAAUUUACUCAGAAGAGUUCAUCCACAUCUGUUUCUGCUUCUGUACUUCCAUGGUGUGAACAGCAACAACAUCAGAAUUACCAUGAACAACAUCAACAAAGUGGUCCUACAAUUCCGAGCUCUGUGUUACAGCCAACAGUUGUUCUUAGUCCUCAACUGACAGUUAACUAUAAUCAGAUGGUGUGUGGUGGUGGGAGCAGUAGUAGGGGUUAUGGUGCCAGUGGGGGAGAGACUCUUGUUUGCCGUGUUGCUGCUGUGGUGCCAGGGACUUCUAAGGCUGCUGCCCGCCAGGCACUGCACAUAGCCAGUGGUGAUUACCAGGGUGCUGUGCGCUUCCUAAAAGUUGAGAAGCUUUACAGAUUGGGCAUGGCAAGUAAAGAUGAAUGUGAGUACAUCCUGGAGGCCAAUAGCUGGGAGUUGGAGCGCUCAGCAUCGGCUCUUCUUGAUAAAUUUGCAUAGAAGAAAUUUCUAAAAACAUAUUACAUUCUUUGUUACUUGGAUACCACAUAAAUUUAAUAUACUACAGCAUGAUUAUAUGAGCAAAACUGUAAUGUCAACUCAAGCAAGGAUUAACAAUUAAUGAAGUGCAGUUAUAUAUUUUAUUUAUUCAUAUUCAGGUGUCUUUUUGUGAUAACACAUUCACACAUGUUUAUUUGGCAUUUACUGUAUUAGAUUUGUUUAUUAAUUCUUUCAUACCAGUAUAUAUUACUUAGCAUCAUUUUGCUCCAACUAUCCUAGAUCACUAGCUUAAAAUUUCAUUAUAGUUUUGUAGCUCAUUUAUAUCACUGAAUGUAUAUUUAAUUUCAUUAAUGAUAAGGUAAAAGUUUGCCUUUUUCUGCUCACUAUAUGUGCUUUAAGCAAGGAAUGGCUCAUAAGUUUUAAUUUUUUCUGUGGGAAUAGUAGAAAAUAAUUUAAAUGCUUUAACUCUUUAAAUCACUUGUUGACAUUAGUUACCAUUAGAUACAACAUUAUUGCUUGAAUAUAAUUUCUCCCCAUAGUUUGAAAUUAAUUUUAUACGUGGGGAAAGGGAGAUUAGAUCUGCAUUGACAACUAUUUUAUUAAGCUAUAUAAGGCAAACAUGAUCUGAUUAAUUUGUUCCUAACCAAUUGUGUUAACCAUUGAAUGCUAGUUGAACCUGAGAAUUAUAGCGUAAAAGCACAGUGAAAUCUGAAUACUGUAUAAAAUGUUUGCUAGCUUUUGUCAGUCUAAUAAACCAUUGUAUUUUGUGUGUUCUCUGAAUAAUUUAUUUUGUUUGCAGAUUUUAAAUACUGUACAGUAUCUUAGUGAUUAUUUUUGAGCUCUUUAGUUUUGAAUUUAAAGAGAAUACUGUUGAUAAGUCAUGCAUCAGUGGGUGAUUUCUGAACUUAAACUGUGAUAAAAUUUGCUUGAGUCAUGAUAGGCCUGUUACUUGUAUGUAUGUAUAUAUAUGUAGGGUAGGUGGGGAUGUUGUAGUCAGUGUUUAAUAGAUGCACUUUUGGAGUGUGAGCAAGGUAACAUUUAUGAAGGGAUUCAGGAAAACUGGUUAGUCGAACUUGAGUCGUGGAGGUGGGAAGGGCAGUGCCUGCGCUUUGAAGGCAUGUUGCAGUCAGAAGGCAAUCUGACUUGUGAUGUCAACACACUUCUGGCAAGACAGAGAGCAAGUGAAUGAUGACGAAUGUGUUUCCCCCUAUAUGCGUGUGUACAUGUGCAUGUAUGUACUUUCUCAGCUAACACUAUGUGGGUGUACUCUUUUUAACAUACUGAUAUGUUAAUGAUGUCUUCAGUGUUUAGGUUGUCAUAUAUUUUUCUAGAUUUCCAGUGGCUGUAGUCUAUCAUUUUAUUUCUUCAAAAAUAAUUUCUAAUGCUUUUUUAACAUUACAUUUUUAUAGUUUACAUUUGUUAUUGUUCUCUCUGUUGAUGGUGCUAAGAAUAAAAAUCACAAUGCUGCAGCUGGAAUGAUUUACAAAUAACUACUGCUUUUGAGAGGAAACUGAAGUCUACAUUUCAGUCCAUUCUGGACUAUUAUCAAGUCACAAGCGACUUGAUAAUAGUCCAGGACAGACAUAAAUGCUGAAUCUAGGUUCCUCUCAAAGGUUUGGGUUAUGUGUGAAAUGAUAGUGCUAAAAGGGAUAACAAGAGAGAGAGGCAAUUGCAAAAGAAUGUCAAUUAGACAAGAAAAUAUUUAUUCAUAAAUAUAAUGAUAGACUGCUGGAAUGGGAUCAAAGAAUAGGUAGUAUGUUCUACAACCACUGGAAACUUAUCAAAAUUCUAUGACAGUAAGUGCGUAUAGCCCUUGUGGCUUAGCGCUUCUUUUUGAUUAUAAUAAUAAUAUGACAGUAAGUGCUGAAAAAAGAAGUGUCAGCAAUAAAAGUGCAAAUAUAUGUGUGAAUGUAUACAUUCUUACAUAUACUGUACUAUAUACACAUACUUGAAGUAACAGAUUGUGAACCCUCAUUAUAAUUUUUUUUUUUUUCAAAAUACUGGACAGUAUUUAAUUUUUAUAUUUGAAUCUGUAUAUUUUGAUAUAUUUUCGUAUGCUGACAAACUGUAAUUGUAAUUUCAUGGUCAUUGUAGAAUUUUUAAAUUGAUAAUGUGAAAAGAAGUACAUUUUGGCAGUGAGAAACUGAACUUUUUUCAAGGAAAGUAAGAACAAUAGAAAUUCCAUAAUACUGUUACUUUCCAUUAAUAUUUAUUUAUGUAUAAUUCAUAUAUGCAUUGUGUAUUACAUAUGCAUUGUUAAAUCCACAGGCGAUAAAACCACCAUUAAACAAAAAAAUAAGAAGCCUUAUCACUUAGGUAAUGAUCCAACAUGUUUGAAACUUGAAUUGCAUUUAUGGCAAUGAUGCAGUGUGGUAAAUUAAGAAAUACAAGCCUGGUGUGGGGCUACAGUGAGGUGGCAGUACUUGUAUAAUGCUCCUAUAGCUUAACCUAAUAUUUUUUUAUUAUUAUUUUUUAUCAUCACACUGGCCGAUUCCCACCAAGGCAGGGUGGCCCGAAAAAAGAAAAACUUUCACCAUCAUUCACUCCAUCACUAAUAUACCCCACCUAAUUUAAUUAACCUAACCAAUUUAGCUUAGCUUAUCUCAUUCCACCUAGCUUAACCUAAUCUACCCAACAAAGCUUUCCCUUACCUAAACUGCAUAUGCACUCUUUGUGUGUGUGGGGGGGGGGGGGUCCCACCACAACCCUGUGCUCUUCAGAUUCUGGAAACUGUUAAAUUUGCUCCACAUAUCUGUAAUCCUACUGUAUUUACAAAUUGGUUUGGAAAUAUAAACACACAUGCAGUACAAUGUGAGCCUUUAUUGACAAUGUUUCGCCCACACAGUGGGCUUUAUCAAGUCACAAACAGAUCUACCUGGGUGGAAGGUACAUUGAGUAUUUAUAGGAUUAAGUCAGGUUCAGAAUGCUGCAUGUGACAAUCUACGAGUAGGGUUAUAGUCUAAUACCUUGGAUAGCUACCCUAGGCAUUAGACUCUAUAACCCUACUCUGUAGAUUGUCACAUACAGCAUUCUCCGCCUGACCCAGCAGUCUCAACCUGACUUCAUCCUAUAAAUACUCAACGUACCUUCCACCCACGUAGGUCUGUUUGUGACUUGAUAAAGCCCACUGCGUGGGCGAAACGUUGUCAAUAAAGGGUCACAUUGUACUGCAUAUGUGUUUGUAUUUCCAUUGUGUCGGUAUUUUAUACCAUUUAUUUCCACGAAUUGGUUUAUAUCUCCUGCAUUAAAUACAAUCUGUUCAUCUGCAGUCAUACUUUGACUUUCCAAUCCAAUCAUUAUAAUUAUAGCAUAUACUUAACCUGGUUAUACUUAACAGGCUUUAAACUUAGGGUGUAAUUACUGGGUGUAGAUAUUUCUUUCCUGUGGUUUAACAGUGCAUGUCUGUAAAAUAAGUAUAUGCAUGCAUGCAAUUUAGCCAGAGUUUACAAUCUUCACUUGUCAAGUAAAGGUCAUUUUACAAAACAAGCCAAGCAUACCCUUUUGUUAUAAUUGACAUUGCUCUGAACAUCACAAAAUUAACAUUUUUUUAGCAUUUUCCUGUAAAUUUAAUACAGCAUAUGUCAUUUAUUAAAAUUAUUGACUUUAAAUAUGAUUAAAA